AUGAGCAUGCCAGGCUCCUUCAGCCCCCAUGCUCCCUCGAGCCCCAAGAUGGCCCCAACCGCCGCUGCGUCGUCUGCCUCUGCGGGCGAUGUCAAGAAGCCGGAUGCCUUUCUGACGCCGCCUCUUCGCCUCGGCGAGUCUUCCGAUGCCUAUUCCCUCCACAGCACCAACGCCAAUGCACCUGGCCGAUUCUACGACGACGACCCCGCCGAGUUGCCUGGGAGUGGCGGCGACGAUGACGACCUGCCGCCUCUAUACACCGACGAGCCUUCGGCCGACGGCGUCCGCGAUCCUCUGCUCCAGAUCCAGGACCUGCACAGCAAGCAGCACGGCCUCGUGCCGCCCCAUCUCGUCGUGCCCGACACGGGCAACGAGUACCACAUCGACCGCCGCCUCGACGCCGACCCCUCGUUCCUCCAACGCCACAUCGAGGCCUGCGCCGAGAUACCGCCCCGUGCCUUUGUACGCCUGCGCGGCACCCACACCGAGCCCGUCCGCCGCGGCGACAAGACGGAGCGCCAGACGCACGUUGACUUUGACGUCCGCCUCGAGCUGACGCCCUUUCUCUACAGCGACAUUGCCACGCACACGAGCUGGCGCACCCUGCGCACCGCCGACAACUUUGCCAAGGUCCGCCGCGGCACCGUCUUCGCCACGCGCGCCCCGGGUUUCGGCGGCGCCCGCGCUCCCGGCGGCGUCGUCACGGCCCUCGAGGCCGGCCGCCCCGGCCUCGCUGAGUGGUGCCACCGCUACUGCGCCAGCCACGCCGGCCUCAAGACGUUCCAGCUGCGCCGCGAGGUGACGGGCUGGAACGAGGACCUCGUCCGGUCCAAGCUCGAGACGCUCGUCCGCGCCACCGGCUACCAGGGCCACGUCGCCGUCACCUUUCCCCUGCAGGGCGAGACGGUCACCGUCUUCAACGACGCCGCCACGAACCGCUGGCGCCUGCUGCGCUGGGUCCGCGUCCUCUGCGUCCUCACCCUCACCAUCCUCCUCGCCUGGCCCUGGCUCUUCUUCCGCACCGCCCGCUUCGAGGUCACCGUCGUCGAGUGGCCUCUGAGCCGCCGCCGUGAAGGCACCGCCGGCCGUCGCGACUACGUCAGCCUCAGCGAGGAGCAGUGGUACAACAUGUGGGCCCGCGCCGUCCGCCGCGCCGUCCUCGAGCGCAGGCAGGGCACCCUCGACCAGGGCGACCUCGUCGCCGCCGAGGGCGCCCAGGGCGCCACCUUUGAGGGCCAGACCGAGGCGCAGGCCGUCGUCGGCAACGCCGUCGGCAAUUUCGUGCGCGCCGGCGUCAGCGCCAUGAAUGCGGUCAAUGUGCGGUUCGGCUGGGGCGGCGACCACUGA